AUGCAGACGUCGAAUAGAGACUACUUCUUUCAAACUACGGCACAGCUGGAGAACGCUGAGAGAAAGCGAGAAAAGUCGAAGAACUCGAAUGGAAGCCCUAUCAAGCUGCAGAGUAAGAUACUGGCCAUAGCAGCAGAUCCUACGAGGAACGAUGCUGUGUUCCUCGCAGAGAGCUCUGGGACUGCCAGACAGCUUAUCCUAGAAACGGGUGAGUCGGCUGCAGUCUACAGAGGCCCUGCUGCCCCGCUGCCCUCUAUCUGUCUUUCUACAGACGGGAGCACUGUCUAUGCUGGCUGCUGGGAUAAGUCUAUCUGGAGCUGGGACGUGAAGACCCGUAAACCUGGCCACAAAUUCACGGGACACACAGACUUUGUCAAGGCGGUAGUUUAUGUCCAUGCCGACGGCCGCAGCCUGCUCGUCUCAGGAGGAGCCGACGCAGAGAUAAUCAUCUGGGAUGCCGCUGCCGGAACAAGAUUACACGUCUUGAAGGGUCAUACCCACGGAAUCCAGUGCCUGGCAGUCGACCCGAUAGCGAGAACAGAGGGUAAUCCACUUACUCUAUUCAGCUCGUCCAGCGGGCAGGGGAUUCAUUCUUUUACCGUUCCGGCAAACCCGAGUGACGCAGUUCUCUCGGAUCCCUUCAAGGUCCAUGAAACCAGCAUCUACAAAAUAUUCUUCGACGAGGACGGGGACCUCUGGACCGCUUCGGCAGAUAAUAUAGCCCGGUGUCUCACCCGUCAGAGCGGAUGGAAGUCUGAAACGGCGCUGGAACACCCCGACUACGUCAAAGAUAUCGUUGUGGACGAGGCCAGGGGGUGGGUCGUCACGGCCUGUCGAGACGAGGAAGUUCGAGUGUGGGAUCGAGCGACCGGGGAACUCCACCACACUUACUCCGGCCACUUUGAAGAAGUGACUGGGCUUCUUAUUGCGGGAUCAAAAGUGGUAAGUGUCAGCAUCGAUGCCACCGUUCGCCAGUGGCCUCUUGAUCCAAGGGAGAUACAGCUUGCAAAGGAUGCGGAGAAGCAGAAGCCGGCAGCCGCCCCGGAACCUGCCCCGGAAUCAAUGCUGACAGAGGAGGAAGAGCGGGAACUCGACGACCUUCUCAACGACAGCAGCUAG